UUUUUCAGUGUUGGUUCCAUGUUAUAUUUUUUUUUUGUAUGCUUGAAUUUUGUUUACAGAUUAAGAAGUGGUAGUUGUACUUUGUAUAGGUUAUUCGGGACGAAAUAUUCAUAGUCAGAAAACUUCCAAGAUUUGCACCACACAUGUGCUCGUACAGUGACAAAUAUAUUUAUGGAAGCAUACGCGCAGUUUUAAACAAGGAACAGUUUAAAAAAUUUUGCGACAGUAAUAUUUUUGGUUAUUUUAUGAAUAAGCAGCAAUGUGUAGUGCAAGCACAGAUGUCCAGAUGCGUUAUGACACUUGAGGUGAAGGGUAGUUCUUCUUCUGGUAUUCUGAUUUGUGCUAAUGACACCUUUCUUAAUUUUACUCCCAGGGAAUUUGCUAUCAUAACUGGAUUGAAUUGUGUGUCAAAUAGAUAUGACUUUAUUUUUGACGAGGGUGUACCAACUAGGAUGGUUGAGAAGUAUUUCAAUGGGGCAGAAAUUAUACAGAAAAGGCAACUAUUUCUAGCAUUCAUGGAGAAAGUAUGGGGGGAGAACAAUGAUGAGGAUGCUGAGAAAUUUGCAAUCCUGUAUUUCCUCAUUCAUUUGUGUUAUCUAAUGUUGAAACUAUGGUUAUACCUUGUCUUCAUUUCGAUUUGGUCGAUAGUGGAAGAUAUAAGGAUUUUCCAUGGGGUUCUUUAUCUUUUGAAGAUCUGGCCAGAAGUUUGAACAAUCGGUUGAAAGAUGGUGGUCAAUUUUAUUUGAUUCAGGGAAUGGCACUGGCUAUUCAAGUGUUGCUUUACGAGUGUUGUUCUAAUGUCCCACCAAAGAUUGCAUCGAAGGUUGAUAAUCGAAUUCCCCGAUUAUUAAAUUGGAAGACGAUUGCACCUCCUCCACGCUUUGAGUUUUUGAUGAAUGCUAUGUUCAAUGACAAUGGCAAGGUUGUCUUUAAGAACAUAGAGCCAACAAAAAAGGAGCUGGCAAAAUUGCAAAUACCAAGGAAGGAUACAAUACAACAUAAACGUUCUGUUGAUUCUGAUGACGAUUUCCAGGAUCCACCACCAAGAAAGAUCAACAAACAUUCAAAGAAGAAUCAGAAGGUUGAUUCAUCAACACCAGUAGUGAAGAAACCUUUAAGGAAAAAGUAAGUAAACGAGCAUACCCAAACGAGGAUACCAGCUCCCCGUGCUGCAAAGGCUGAUAGAAUGAAGACACCAGUUUUCAAGAUAAUUCCAACACUACAGGCAUCUUCUUCAAAAACGAAGAAAGGAAAGCAAACAACUCGGGUUAUUUUUCCUCAGGUUCAGUCAAAGUCAGAUAUUCAUGUAGAGAAAGUAGCCGUGUCAAAGCCUAAGAGUCAUGUUAAUAAAGAAGCCUUUAUUUCUAAGAAA